AUGGCUUGUUACCUGGUCAUCAGUUCGAGACAUCUCAGCAAUGGGCACUACCGGGGCAUUAAAGGCGUCUUCAGGGGGCCCCUCUGCAAGAACGGAUCUCCUUCUCCGGAUUUUUCAGAAAAAGAAAAGUCCACAGCAAAGGCCCUGGAAGAUGUAAAGGCAAACUUUUACUGUGAAUUAUGUGAUAAGCAGUAUCAUAAGCACCAGGAGUUUGAUAAUCAUAUUAAUUCUUAUGAUCAUGCCCAUAAACAGAGACUUAAAGAAUUAAAACAACGGGAGUUUGCUCGAAAUGUAGCUUCCAAGUCUUGGAAAGAUGAGAAAAAACAAGAAAAAGCACUUAAACGACUUCAUCAGCUGGCUGAAUUAAGACAACAGUCUGAAUGUGUUUCUGGGAGUGGACCAGCAAACAAAGCCCCCAGAGUGGCUUUAGAAAAACAACUUCAGCAAGGAAUUUUUCCAGUUAAGAACAGCAGAAAGCUAUCCUGCAUGAAGAAUACUCUUCAAGGAAAAAAUCUCUCCAGAAGCAUCUCCAAUAAACAGCGGACCACUGUGCCAAACCGACACCAAUUACAAACAGACAGACGUUAUUUGUUUGGAAAUCAGGUGCAACAAACAUCUUCAGAUCUUAGCAAUGCAAAUCAUAGGACAGGAGUAUCAUUUUCUUUUUCCAAAAAAGUGCAUCUAAAAUUAGAAUCUUCAGCAUCAGUGUUCAGUGAGAACACAGAAGAAACUCAUGAUUGUAACAAGUCACCAAUCUAUAAAACUAAACAAACUGCAGAGAAAUGCAAGUGCCGCAGAUUUGCAAAUGAGAAUACACACUUCACUAAAGAAAAAGAUAUAAACAUCUCACCAAGCCAUCUGGAAAGUGUUUUACACAAUACCUUCACCAUAAGCUCUCAAAUUCUGCAAAACAAAAAUGACUCUACUGAUGAAACACUGGAAGAUUCACUUGGCAUCCAUGCUUCAUUCUCUAAAUCAAACAUUCAUCUUUCAGAUGUGGAUUUUACUCCUUCCAGCAGAGAGACAGAAACUAGAACUAUAUUGAAGAACACUUCAGAAAACUGCGUUAAUUACUCAUGCCAAGCGAACACUUUCUCCAGCCCACCAAACAUUUAUAAGCAGAGUGAUGCCAGGAUAUUUGAAUGUCUGGAUGAGUUUCCAUCACUAGAGCCAAGUGAACAAAACAGCACAGUUCAUCUGAAUUCAAAAUGUAGAGUGAAGAAUGGAGAAAAAUCUCAAGAUGAAACAGAUAGAGGUAGCAAAAAUGUGCAAAGGCUUGUAAGAGAAGCAUGCCCCCAUGGAGUGAAGUCUAAACCAUUGCCUUUUCUCCACGUACAAAGCAAGGAUGGCCAGACCACUCUCCAAUGGCCUACAGAACUUCUGCUUUUUACGAAAACUAAACCCUGUAUCUCUUAUGGCUGCAACCCAUUAUACUUUGAUUUUAAGCUUUCUCGAAAUACAAAAGAUGGUGGUGAUCUGGAGGACUUAAAAACAGAACUGAGUAAGGACCCAUUGAAAGUGAAGAAAACAAGAGAGAGACAAGACUCAGGUUUAAUCAAAAGCCAACAAAAAUUGAUCCAAGAAAAUAAUCAGCCUCUGAAACCAAAGAUGAUAGCUAAUCCAGAUUGGGAGAAUAACCAGAGAAAAUAUAAUUUGGACUGUGAUGAUUCUAAGCCAAAUAUGAGUCAGCAUUAUUUUGGUACAAGUGAUUUGGCAAUGAAAAAUCCUGAAGUGCCUGCUUACCUUGAUAUCUCUCUAAAGAAUUGUGUGGGGAACGAUAAGAACAGUGAUGAUGAAUUUCAGAAGCCUUCAAGGACUCACUGGCAAAACUGCCAGAGAGUAGCUCUCAAUGAUUCAAAUGAAGGCCUGUCAUUUUCUCCUUACAUCUCUAGAACUAAAAAGCAUACACUGAUACACUGUCAUCCUAAUUCAGAUUUUGAAGAUGGAACUCAAUUCACCUGGAAUUCUAGCCUUUAUGCACUGGAGGGCCACGGUGACCAUGAGAAGGACUUCAGUGUAAUUUUCAAUAGUAACCACAUCAACAUGACUAACACAGUCUCUGGGUGUGGAAAUCAAAGUUUCAAGGGAAUUUCUCCCAAGUCAUCUCUGAACAGAGAGUCUAGUCCUUCAGACACAACCCCUGCCAGCACAUCCAGCUUAAGAAGUCCUUGUUCGGAUCACAGAUCCAAUGGCAAUGAUGGCAGUGAUAUGCUCUACUUUUCUAAGGGAGCACAGGACUCAGUUGAGAGGCACAUACGGAAACGCCAAAAGCACAAUUGCAUCUAUUGGUCUGAGAGAGCAAAGGGUGACUGUCUACCUACUGACACACAGAGAGAAAAGAACUUCAAAUUAUUGGCAUCAUUUAAAAAUGAAAAAUAUUCAAAACAUAGAUAUGGCUACUGUAGAGAAAGAAAUAAACUAGGCAAAAGUCAACAAUUUUCAAGUCCCACAUCCAGGAGAAUAUUCCAUUAUGAUAUUAACACACAGGUUACUUGUGCUGGAAACAAGGAAAAAUCACUAAAUUGCCCAGGACCUCAGCACAGCCUAUUAAGUUCUUACUCAAGGAAAAAAGUUUAUUACUUAAAUGAAAGCAAAAGUAAUCAAGAGUAUUUGGAGAGCCCUCACAUGUGUGACCUUCAAAAAGUGAACUCCAUUAAGUCUAACUCUAGCAAUAUCAACUGCCUUCUUAGGACUUGUUCCAGCAGCCCUUCAGAAGUAACAGAGUUGACAAUUACAGAAAGCGAAAGAGCCCCCUUGACAGCCAAAAAUCUUCUAGAAAGAAUAAAAGCCAAGAGGGAACAGUCAACUGAUUCUGGAGUCUCAUCAAACAGGUGCAAAAAUGAAUCAGAAGCACAUUCACAAAUUCAAUGUACAAUUCAAUUUACAGCUCCAGGCUGUAAUAGGCCAGCAUUGUCAUUAUCUGAUCAGAUACAGAGCAGGAGUCAAGGAACUGAAACAGGCAGUACAGUUCAAAGAAUUAUUGAGAAGGACAAAGUUAAAAGUUCACAGACAAAUAAUUUUACAGUUUUAGUAGACACUAAUUGUGAUAACCAUCCUUCUAAAGGUAUAAUUCACAUGGGAGCAGAGUAUCAAUUGCCAAACAUAAAAAUGAACACAACCACAAAAGAACAAUCAAGACCUCUAAUUGGUGAACCAUUUAUUCAAAACUGUGAUUCGGUAUUAAAUAAUGUACCUGGUGUUUUCCCUUCUGACAGAUACACUGGUGUGACUGAUUCAACAGAGACCAAAGAAAACCAAAUAAAUGUAGACUUACAGGAUGUAAGCAUGCAUUUGAAUUAUGUAGAGGGAAAUAUAAACUCUUACUGUGACAUAAAUAUGCAGAGGCAUGACAAUGUAGAAGAUGAAUUAGGAGUAUAUCAUAAAUCUCUCUCUCCUCCUUUAAUUCAACAGCCAAUAACAUUUUCUCCUGAUGAAAUAGAUAAAUAUAAGCUCCUUCAACUACAAGCCCAGCAGCACAUGCAGAAACAGCUCCGAUCAAAACAUCUCCGAGUUUUGCCUGCUGCAGGGCCAGCUGCCUUUUCUCCAGCCUCAACUGUCCAUACAGUUCCACUUCACCAGCAUGCUUCUAUCACCACCAUCCACCACACAUUUCUACAGCAUUUUGCUGUUUCUACUUCCAUAAACCCCCAAAGCAGUCACCUCCCAAUAACUCAGUUGCAUCCUCUUUCACAGUCUCAUUUUUCCCCAUUCACAUUUUCUCCUCUAAUGCCAACCAUCCUCCCCACACACCCCACUUUCUUAGCUGGUCAUCCCCUACAUUUGGUUACAGCUACCCCUUUCCAAACACCUCAUAUUACUCUUCAACCUCUGUCUCCUACAGCCUUUCUCCCUGCCUUGUUUGGUCCUCACAUAAGCCCGGCCACAACUUCAAUCAUCCAUCUGAAUCCUUUAAUCCAACCUGUCUUUCAAAGUCAGGAUCUUUGCCAUCGUUCUUGCUCCAGUCAGAUGCAACAGUUAAAUGGAGUAAAAGAAGCCUUAAAUGUGUCAGCACAUUUGAACUAAUAAGCAUUAGAGCCCCUCUUGUGUCUAAAUAAAAUUGUCACUACCUACAAAAUGAUAUAUUUUAGUGGUAUGAUUAUUAUAAGACUAAGUAUGUUGAUAUCAAUUUGAAAUUUGACCAAUAUAUCAUUAAAAACCAAACUGUCAAUAUCAAAAAAGGAUCAUUUUAAACAUCUUGUUUAACUUUUGAAAGUAAUAGAGAAGAUUAAAAUUAAUUUUAUGGAAAUAUAGAAGAUAUGUGUUAAAAUCUGUUUGGAAGAUUUCUCACAUAAUAUUUUACAAAGGUAAA